AUGAAGUACUUCGCUGCCGCCCUCCUCCUCGCCACCAGCGCCUUCGCCGCUCCCUCCGUCUCUGAGAAGCGCACGGAGGCGUGCCAGUUCGGCAACUACCAGUGCAGCAAGUCCGGCACGGGCAUCGAGGUAUGCGACAUCACCGGCACGUGGGUGAGCGUGGGCGACUGCCCCAAGGGCACCGCCUGCGAGGACCUGCCCCAGAACGGCUACGAGCUGCCCUUCUGCACCGCCAACACGCCCAAGGUGGCCGCCCGCAACGGCCGCGUCCCGAGCCCCGGCGACAAGUGCCAGACCCCCGGCCAGUACCAGUGCUUUGGCGCCUACGCCAUCCAGGUCUGCGACACCCAGAACGUGCUGCAGAAGGUCGGCGACUGCCCCCCGAAGUCGAACUGCCAGUAUAUCAACGGCAUUCCCUUCUGCGUUGCCAGCGUCUAA